AAAUCACGGCUAAAUUUAUUAAACUCAGCAGAAAACAUUAUAAUUAAUAAAUUUUUUUAAGAAUAUUUAAUUGAUUUUAGGAAAAAAAAUUAAUAUUCUUUAAAAAUGUCUAUAUAUAUUGGUCUUAUAUUUUCUAAAAAACGCAUUGAAGAAGAAAUAAUGCCCAAAAUAUUAAAUUUAAUUAAACGUACAGUUGAAAAUGUUUAAAUUUUGGUAGAAUUUUUGUAAAAUAUAAACAAUUUUUCUCUUGACUUUUCCUGUUUUGCCUCAGAAAUAAUCCUUAAGCAUUUAAAAGACUAUAUUUUAGGUUUAGAUGAUGUUUUUUUGUCCACUUAAUGUAGUUUAGGAGGAAGUUUAUUAUGUAAAUUUAUUAAGAAACGAGAGAUUUUAGAAGAAAUAAUUUUUGGAAUAGAUAGAAUAGUCGAAAAUACUAAUGAUAAUGAAAAAAAGAUGAGGUUUUUGAAAAUUUUAGAGGGAUUUUUUGAAAGAAAUGACAAAAACGAUUUUUUUUAAAUUAUAUAUGGAAUUCUUAUAAAAAAUAUUAAUAUGGUUUAAAAUAAAUAAAUUCUGGAUGAUUUUGAGUGUAUUUUGCAAAAAAUGGAAAAAAAAGAAGAAUUUAUUGAUAAAAAAAAAGCAGGACAUUUUAAUGAGAAAUAAUAUGAAAUUUUUAAGGAAGAAUAAGAAGAGUUUUUUGAGGAAAAUUGGAUUGUUUAAGUUAAAAAAAGAUUAAAUAUUUAAAAUUAAAAUAAGUUUUUUUAGCUUGCUGUCUGUAUGUCUGGAAGAUUUUGGUUAAGAAAAGGAAAAAAUUAAUUUUCGGAUAUUAUUAGUGGAUAAAUAUUUAAUAAUUGCGUGAAAAAUUUGGCUAAAUUAGUGACUUUGGCGGAUGUUUACUUAGCGGGGUUAAGUUGUGAGAUUUUAUAAGAAAAAAAGUGGGAAUAAUGGUUUUUUUUGGAUGGGAUUUAUGUAAAUAAAAGAGAGUUUUUAGAAACUAUGAAUGAGCUUGAAAAUUAGUUAUUUUUGGAUGUUUUAGAAAAUAUCCUUUUGGUGAAAAAAGAACUUUUAGAUGAGGAAAUUUUUGUUUUAAGUAAUGGAUUUUUACAUGGGUUCUUACAUAGUGACGUUGGAUUUGGAAAAAUUCGGAGUUUUUUGUAAAAAACACAAUUGAAAGAUUAUUAAUUUAAAAAUAUAUUUUGUGUUUUGAGUUUAAGCUGUUUUUGGAGUUUGUAUUUGGUUUGGGAAGAGAAAAAAAAUUAGUUAAAAAAAGAAAAAAUGCUAAUUUGUAUGGAUUUUUUGAUUUAUGGAUGGGAAAAAAUGUGUGCUUUGGAAAAAAAUGAUUUUUUAGGAAUAGUUUUGUGGAGUUUUGGACAUGGGAUUUUUUCGUAAAAAUAAAGGGAUAAAUGGAUGGGGGUUUUAGUAAUAAAUAAAGGAAAAAUUUAAGAUGUUUUAAAGUUAAAAUGGUGGGGAAAAUGCGAAUUUUUAAUAGGAAAAAAAAUGCUUUUGAAAAUUAAUAAUGAGGUUUGGAGAAAAAAUGUUGGAUAUUUUUUCUCUUUUUUAGCAUUUUUGGAAUUCUAUGAAGUUUUAGAUGUUUUUGGUGAGUUUUUUGAAUAUUUAAAUGUUGAAAAAAUCGAAAGUUAAAUAGAUUUGACUAGUAAGGAAUUCGAAGAAUUGUAUUUGAGAAAAAUGAAGGCUUUUUUAGAAAAAGUGGGUGUUUUUAAAGAAUAAAAUAUAAAAAAAGAAGAAGAAAAAAAACAUAUUUUCGAAGUUUUUUGGGAAAAAGAAGGUGGCUUUAUUAGAAUUUUGGAAAAAAAUAAAGAAUAAAAGAAGGGAUUUUUAGAUGAUGAGGAACUAUAGUUAAGAAAAAAAGAAGAGUUUUUGGAAAAGUUGAAGUUUUAUUUUGAUUUAGGAUGUGUUGUUUUUUAAAGUUUUUCUAAUAAAAUUGGUUUUGUAAAAGUUUUUUUUGAAAAAUUUAAUGGGAAAAUUAUUUAAUUACUUAAAUGGAAAGAAACUCAUUUUUUUUAUGAGAAUAUAAUGGGAAAAAUAUGGGAAAAUUUCUGGAAUUUGUAAAAAGAAGGUGUUUUUUAAACUAAUAGAAAUUUCAUUAUUAUGUUUUUUUUGGAUUUAUUUUAUUAGGGAUUUUGUGAAUAAUUAGAGUUUAUUUAAGAAUAUGAAAAAAUUUUGAAUUUCAUUAAUUCAAAUGAAUAAGAUUUUUGGGUUUUGGAAUUCUUUCAUUAAAUAAAUUUGAGGAUUUUAAAAGGGGAUAAUUAACAUAUGAAUGAGUGUAGAAGGAAAGCUUUGAUUUUUUAUUUUUAAAAAGAAAAGUGUUAGAAGUUUUUGGAAGAUGUUAGUAUCGUUUUGGAACAAAAUAUUAAUAUUUUGGCUUUGAAUGAAGAUUAGUUUGGAAAUUUAAUGGAAAAAAUAGGAUAACAAGGUGUUUAAAUGAAAGGAUUUCUGAAAAAAGUACUGAAUUUGGAAGAAAAAGGAUAAAAAUGCGUACUUAGAGGAAUUUCAAAAUAUAAAAAUGCAUUUAAUUUGGAGUUUGAGGAAAUUAUAAAACUGAAAAUUUUAUAAAAGAAGUGCAGAAAAGAGGAAAAUAUGGAAAUUAAUAUGGAAAAGUUAAAAAAAUGGAAUGGUUUUGGAUAAUUUUUGAUAGAAAAUAAUAUUGAUAAUAUAAAUAUUUUAACUGAUUUAUUAAUUGAAAAUAGCAAAAAUAAUAUAGAAUAUUAAAAAAUAAUUUAUAAGAAAUAUUUAGAAGGAAUUAUUAAUUUCAAAAAUAACGAAAAGAAAGAACUUUUUUUUAUUUAUUAUAUUAAGAAUAAUUUAAAUAAUAUUAAUUUAAAUUCUGAAUAAAUAAAAGAUAUUUUAAAUAUUUUAAUGGAAAGAUUUUAUUUUAGUGAAGUUUUAGAUGAAUGUAUUAAUUGUGGAAUGUAAAUUAUUAAGAAAUAUGCAUAAAAUUAAGGAAAUCAAAUAGUUUUAGUGCUCGAAAAAUAUCUAAAAAUGAAAGAUUAGUCGGAAAAAUAGGCAUUUUUGGUUUGUUUUUUUCUAGGAUUAUGUGCUCCUUUUGUAAAAAAUAAAGUCUAUAUGGAAAAUUUAUCAAUUAAGAUAAUUGAGUUUUUUAAUAAUGUGGAGUUUACGGUUUAAAAAAAUAUUGCCAAAAAAACACUGCCAGAUAUUAUAAAUUUAUUUGAAAAUACUCAGUAUUUAAUAAAAGACAGUUUUUAGAAUGUUUUAAAAGAUAAUUAAAUAGUAAAAAAACUUUCUUUAAGUUAUUUUUUAUCUGGAUUGAUAAAAGGAUAAGGAAUUUUAGAAUUUUAGAAAGCACAAAUAUUAGAAAAAAUAUCAGUUUUGGAAUAAAAUGAAGGAUUUUGUAAAAAAUCAGUCGUUAUUUUAUUAUUAGGGCUUUAAGAUGUGCUUGGUAAACUAUUAGAUCCUUAUAAUAUAUAAAUUUUAGAAAUUUUAAGCGGAUUUUUUGGGGAAAAUAAUGAGUUUUUGUAAGAAAAAAUACAGGAAAAUAUCGAUUUUUUAAUAGAAAAUUCAAGCUCUUUUGUUAUUAUGAAAAUCGUAUUUUUUUUAAUCGAAAAUUUUGAAAAGGAAACUGCUUGGAAAGCCAAAAAUGUAUUUAUUUAUUGUUUUAGGAUGGUUAUUAUUAAAAAAUAGAGACUAAUAUAGAAAACUAUACCUUUAAUAUUUCCUUUAUUUUCUAAAACUAUACUAGAAGAAACACAUCCAAAAGUAAAGGAAAAUGCGAAUUAGGCAGUUUUUGAUACCAUCAAAUUAAAUUAAAAUCCAUAAAUGAAAGCUAUAGAAGAGUUAUUGCCUUUAGCAUUGUAAAAUAGAUAGGAUUUUAUUUUUAAAACCAUAAAGAGGUUUUCUGAGUAAAGUUUUAGUUAUUUUUUAGAUAGAGUAUCAAUUUCAUUAAUUAAGCCUGUUUUAUUUUAUGGACUUUUAGGGGAAAAUGCAGGCGAAGUAUGUGUUUUAGUGGGUAAUUUUUACAAAAUUGUAAAAGAAAAUGACUGGUAUAUGUUAGAAAAUGUUUUAAAAGAAGUUAGAAAAGCAGGCUUUUCAAACAAUAAUUUAAUAAGGGAAAAAGCGAUGAAGGCUUUGGCAAAAAUUGGGAAGAUUUAGGGAAAACAAUAUGAAAAUUUGAAAUAUUUUAAGGAGUUUUUGAUGUAAAAUAAACAUCUUUCACAAUUCGAAAAAAUGGGAGUGGCUUAAGGAAUUGCCGAAAAUUUAUUUGGGAUGAAAAUCGAAGAAAUUAGAGAAGAAUUGGAAGGACUUAUGGAAGUUUUUUAGAAGAAAAAUUUAAUCAAUAAAGAUGGAAUUGUUUUGGUGUUUUUUUAUUUGGAAUAAAGCAUUUUUUUAGGAGGGUUUAGAGAAUAUUUCGAGUGGGAAUUAUUAGAGGAUUUUGUAGAAUUUAUUAAGAAUUUUUUAGGGGAUGAAGAGGAGAAAGUUAGAGAUGUUUCGGCGAAAAUAAUGAAAGGAUUAGUACUUCAUUAUGGAAAAAAAUGUGUUUUUGAAUGUAUAUUAAAUGGGAUUUUGGAAGAAAAUAGCAAAAGAAGAAUGGUUUAUGUAAAUUUAGCGGUUGAAAUAGUAGAAAUGUGGCAUAAAUAAGUUAAAGAGGAAGAUUAUUGUAAAGAAAAAAGAAAAUUUUUCUAUGAUAUAGUAGGACUAAUAUGGAUUUUAAGAGAUGAUAUAGAAGAUUAAAUAAAGAAUUUGUGUGAUAAAACAUGGGAAAGUAAAGAAUUCAAAAUAAAUAAAAUUAUUUUAGAAGUUUUAAUAAAUAAAUAUUCAAUAAUUUUAAAAAGAUAAUAGUAAAUUAAAAAAAAUUAAUAUAAAUAUUUAUAUUAAAUAAAAAAUAAUGAUAUAUUAUAUAAUUUUAUAAAAAUAUUAAAUUAGAUUUUUUUAAUAAAAUAAUUAUUUAUAUUUAAAUUAAAUAAUAUAUAUAUUUAUAUACAUAACUUUAUAUAUUUUUCUUUAUAAAUUAAAUAAUUUUAUUUAUUUUUUAUAUAUUUAGUGCCUCAGCUUUAAAAAUUAUUUUUUUAAAUUCAUUGA